AUGGCGCCGUAAGGCGUCGAAACGUCCUGCCUUUGUUUUUGUUAAUUUUUUAGCCUUGUUACAGCGUUUUCUUGUUUCUCAUCGUUCAUUGUUCUUUUUUUUGGGGCUGCUACUUUAUUAUCCGCUUUAUAGUCAUAAAAUUCACUAUCGUCAUUCAUUUCCAUCGAAGAUUUUGGCUCUUAAAAUGAACUAUGCAUCUCAUACGAAAGCUAACUGAUUGAACGCCUUUAUAAUUUUGGCUUCGGUUGAAAGCUCUAUUGUCGGGGGAACAUAUUUUAUCGAGUUUAGGACUUAAUAAUGGACACUGUAAAAGUUUUCCUUCCGUGGUGAAACAAUCCACACUCCCAAAAAUUUUCCGAUGCAUAAAUGAAAUACUUAAGACACACGUUCGAAUUUUAGUGUGGAAGUUGUUUGGAACUCUUUGUCAACUUCGAGUUGUAUUAAAUAGUAUCCAUGGGGGUGUCCAUUUCUAUUUUAGCAAGUGAUGAUACAUAGUAGAAACUGGUCAUGCAUCAUAUUUUGGCUGCACGUCGCGCUAUUUGUAGCGAAAGUUCAAGUCAACGGCCAGAAGACAACAGUGGGCGAGACCACCUCCACUCUGACGACACAUCCCACGCCACCAGAUCUUAUUCCUCGGUAUGCCGCGGCCAGCCCGCAACCACCGUCAAAGAGACGCCGCAGAACCAUCCCCAGAUUUACCACCACCGAGUCGAACACACCCCUAAGACUCACCGACCCACCUUCAACAUCUCCAAGGCCAACGAGUCCACCAGCGACACCACUGCGGCUGACAGAUCCUCCAACUCCGUCAACAGAACCAGAAACGACCACGUGCAAACUCUCUAUAACGCCGGUCGUCCUCGCCCCGAGAAAGGUCAAAUCCCCUGAAUCGAUCCGCAAGGACUGCCAAAAUUUCAGCAUCAUUCCCGAUCUGUUGGAUGCAAAUGAUACUGUACCUCAUCCAAUGCAAGUGAGAUUUUUAUUUGAGCACGUCGCAAGGUACGGGAACACAAUUCACCCCAAGCACAUGGUUUUCAGGCCGUAUUAUGUGACAUGGGAGAACAACAAGACAGACUUUUACACUCUGUUGAUGCUAGACAUUGACUAUCCAUCACGAUCAAACCCGUAUAUGCGCAGUUAUCUGCACUGGCAAGUUUUAAAUAUCAAAGGAGAGGCCUGGAUUAAAGCAGAAACUUGGGCAGAAUACAUCGGUCCAAAUCCGUUAUACGACUCAGGUUUACAUAGGUAUUUAUUUUUUGUUCUCAAACAACCAAGUCAAAUUCACUUCACCGAAUUAAAAUAUCCUGCAUUGUAUUUGGAUGAACACCGUGCUAAUUUUUCAUUUCAAACAUUUUGGAAAAAAUAUGACCUGAAACUACAUGCAAUGAACUUCCUCUCGUCAGAAUGCACAGAUCAGCAGUUUUCCCAUGCAGAGCCGCAUCUAAGACCAAAUGAUUCUAAUGCCAUGUUUCGGACUGUUUAAUCUUCUAAGAUAUUUUACAUGCGCAUUAAAGAAACUCUUCAAAUUCUGGAUAUUACGUUAUUGUGCAUACAUUUAAUUUGUAAAAUAAGACAUUAUGAAUCCAACUGCAACCAAAAUGCGAAAAUAAUGGAAAUAAUAAAGUAUCAAAUGCCCACAUGGUGCUCCAUGCCUC